AUCAUUUCUGCCUCGACUUCUUUCAAGUAUUGACGUGUUUGCGCGAAGCUCGGAGAACCGUGUUUCUAACGCAUCAAAUUAUUAUAAACUAAGCAACUAUUAAAAACCCAAAAUGUUCGAAGCUCGUCUUGUUGCCAGCACUACGCUGAAAAAGGUCCUGGAGGCCGUGAAGGACCUGCUGAAUGAAGCCACGUUCGACUGCAGUGACUCGGGUAUUCAAUUACAGGCUAUGGACAAUUCCCACGUUUCAUUAGUAUCACUAUCACUUCGUUCCGAUGGUUUCGAUAAGUACCGCUGUGAUCGAAAUCUCUCUAUGGGAAUGAAUCUGGCCAAUAUGUCCAAAAUCAUGAAGUGCGCCAACAAUGAUGAUACCGUGACCAUGAAAGCACAAGACAAUGCGGAUACAGUCACUUUUAUGUUUGAAUCGCAAAACCAGGAGAAAGUCUCUGAUUAUGAAAUGAAGCUGAUGAAUCUGGAUCAGGAGCAUUUGGGAAUUCCGGAGACGGAUUAUGCUUGCAUUGUACGGAUGCCUGCUAUUGAAUUUGCCCGUAUUUGCCGAGAUCUGUCUCAAUUCGGUGAAUCCGUUGUCAUCUCUUGUACGAAAGAGGGAGUAAAAUUCUCUGCAUCUGGCGAUGCUGGAUCGGCUAACAUUAAGUUGGCUCAGACCUCCUCUGUCGACAAAGAAGAUGAAGCGGUUGUUAUCGAGAUGCAAGAGCCAGUAACACUGACUUUCGCUUGCCGUUACCUGAACUCUUUCACUAAGGCGACUCCGUUGUCCAGCCAGGUGCAGCUUUCCAUGUCGGCUGAUGUUCCACUUGUUGUGGAAUACAAGAUUCAAGAUCUAGGACACAUCCGGUACUAUCUGGCACCGAAGAUCGAGGAUGAUGAAAACUAAUGUUUAAGAUAUGUCAUAUUUCUAAUUGCGUUCUAGAUGUGGUAGGGUUAAGUU